GGGGGCGGGGGAGUGAUGGUUGCAAGAUGGCGGCGCUGAAGGAGGCUCGGAGUUACGGGUUGUCGUGUGGGCGCGUGAGCGACGGCAGCAGGGUGUCGGUGUUCCACGUGAAGCUCACCGACAGUGCUCUGAAGGCUUUUGAGAGCUACCGGGCCCACCAGGAUUCCGUAUCACUGAGACCAUCCAUCCGAUUUGAAGGAAGCCAAGGACACAUCUCCAUACCCCAGCCCGACUGCCCAGAGGAGGUGCGGGCCUUCUCCUUCUACCUCUCCAACAUUGGCCGAGACAGCCCUCAGGGCAGCUUUGAUUGCAUCCAACAGUAUGUAUCCAGCCAUGGGGAUGUACACCUGGACUGCCUGGGCAGCAUCCAGGACAAGGUCACAGUGUGCGCCACUGACGACUCCUACCAGAAGGCACGACAGAGCAUGGCACAGGCAGAGGAAGAGACUCGGAGCCGAAGUGCCAUCGUCAUUAAGGCUGGAGGCCGAUACAUGGGGAAAAAGGUUCAGUUUCGGAAGCCAGCACCAGGGCCAGCUGAUGCAGUGCCCUCCCGGAAGCGUGCCACCCCCAUUAACCUGGCAAGUGCCAUCAGAAAGAGCAGUGGGAGUGGAGCCAGCAGUGUGCUACAGAGGCCCUUCCGAGACCGGGUGCUACACCUCCUGGCCCUGAGGCCCUACAGGAAGGCUGAGCUGCUGCUGCGGUUGCAGAAGGAUGGGCUAACACAGGCAGACAAGGAUACCCUGGACAGCCUGCUCCAGCAGGUGGCCAGUGUGAACCCCAAGGAUGGCACGUGCACACUGCAGGACUGCAUGUACAAAAACGUGCAGAAGGACUGGCCCGGCUACUCUGAGGGUGACCAGCAGCUGCUGAAGCGCGUGCUCAUGCGGAAGCUGUGUCAGCCACAGAGUGCCACUACAGACUCCAGCCCACCCCGAGAGCACGGGCGCUGCGCCUCACCCUCUCAGAAACGGCCACAGUCUACAGACUUCAUUGACCCCCUGGCCAGCAAGAAGCCCCGGAUCUCACAUUUCACACAGCGAGCACAACCCACCCUCAAUGGCAAACUGGGUGCCCCCAAUGGCCAUGAGACUCUGCUGCCUGCUCCAGGACCUACCCCAUCAGAUACCCUCAGCUCUAGCCAUCUGCCCCCACGGCAGGAGCCCCCACGGACCCACGACCCCCUGGCUGAUGUCAGUAAUGACCUAGGCCACAGUACCCAGGACUACAAGCACCAGGAGGCCACUCCAGCUCCAGCACCCCACCUUAGUCUUCCCCUGCUGACGGACUUUCCUCAGGCUGAGCAACCUACUGGCUCCUCACACAUCCAUAGCCGACCCAAGAAGAAGUCCAAGAAGCACAAAGACAAGGAGCGGCCCCCUGAAGAAAGGCCCCCCGCCCCACAGCCUGAUGCAUCCACUGCCCCUGCACUGCCACCAGAUGCCCCAGGUCUGAAUGGAGCCUGUGCCAGUGUUUCCACAUCCUCAUCAGAGACCCCGGACUACUUGCUGAAAUACCCAGCCAUCUCGUCAUCAGAGCAGCGUCAGAGCUACAAGAAUGACUUCAAUGCUGAGUACAGCGAGUACCGCAGUCUGCAUGCACGGAUUGAGCAGAUCACUCGCAGGUUCACACAGCUGGAUGCACAGCUCAGACAGCUCAGCCAAGGCUCUGAGGAGUAUGAGACAACCCGUGGGCAGAUUCUUCAGGAAUACAGGAAAAUCAAAAAGACCAACACCAACUACAGCUGUGAGAAGCGACGCUGCGAGUACCUGCACCGCAAGCUGGCGCACAUCAAGAGGCUCAUCGCAGAGUAUGACCAGCGGCAGCUCCAGGCCUGGCCCUAGCACAGACAGGCAGUCCUGAUGGCUCCGCCUGCCUUUUCUAGUUUUAUAUGAACUCGGCCCUUUAGCUGCCGCAGAGACCGUCUAUUUUUGUACCUUUUCUACUCCGUGCCUCCUCCAAGGCCCACGCCUCCAAGUGUUAGAAGCCCCAGGGAGAGCGAGCAGCGAGUGCCAGGCCCUGCUGCCUUCAGAUCCCCAGCUGACAAGGUUGCUGCAGUUUCCUGGCUGUGCCCAAAGCCCUUAGCAGCGGCCUCCGCAGCAUGUGCUCCUCAGUCCCCACACACUGCCCUUUAUGUCACACUGUGGCUGUGUGUCCCGUGCUGCUGGCCUUGUCUGUCCUUCCAUCCAUCUGUGGGUCCUGGGAUCACCUCCCUGCUGGGUUCCCACUUGAGGGGGUGCUGAGGGUGGCACCUUGCUUGCCUUCUCUAGGGCGCAGGCCUGUGGCCCCCAAUUGCUGCUUUCUUACUGUGCCUCGUCUCAUACCCCAAGAUCCAAAUCCAAGGGGCCAUUGGUGUGCAUGUGUCUGUGUGUGUAUGUGUGCAUUUGGUGUGAGUGGGUUCUGAACACAUUCAGAGGGAAGCCAUUUUGGGGAAGUGGUGGGGGCCACAGGGUUGCUCACUUGCUGCUACUCACAGCGGUAGGGCAGGGAGAGAAUGUCGGACUCAGAUGUCUAGUUUUCUAAACCAUGAGGCUGUCUUUGGGUGGCUUCCAAAGAGCCUGGCUGCCUGGAGACACCUGCCUGGUCCAGUCCCACCCUAGCCAGCUCCUGCUUUCCUUUGGGAUUCCUGGAAUCUCCAGACUGUAGAGGAGCCAAGCCUGCAUGUUUCAAUAGAUGUUGGUUUCUAAGUGGGGGCAGGGCCAAGUUCUGCAUGGUGCACUUCCCACACAGCUACACUGCACAGGCUCAGGGUAGAUCCCAGGCUGCCCCUCUCCCGCCCUGAGAACUCCAUCCAGGGCUAUUGGCUGAACUGGUCUGUUUGGGUUCUUUUGUUGUCUGAGAUUUUGUCUGUCUGAGAUUUGGGGAUGGCAGGGCCACACUCUGGGGCUGCAGGUUAAGCAUGGUCUAACUUAUUGGUAUUCUCCCCGCCUUUGAACUGUGCUGUGGAGAAAGUCUACUUUGAGCCAUGGAGUUGGUGUUUACAAAGUCUUCACUUUUGCCAAAACGUUACAAUUGACAGGCAGUACCUCCAGAUCCUUUCUUAGAGUCUGUCUUCUGUACACCAAACAGGUGAACCGCCAGCUUUCCAAGUCUAUAAUAAAAUUUGAUGGGAUUGAA